AUGACGCAGCCCGUGGUCAGAGAAGCAGGCUUGCUGGAACGCUACCACGUUUCCCGCCACGAGCUGGGCAUCUUCGCAUGUGUGGCCAUCGCAGCGCAAUAUGUCGGUCCCAAUGGCGUCACGCUCACGAAGGAACUGUUAUUUGCAGCUCUCGCCCGAUUGAUUCCUCAGCACGCGGCUCUUGGCGUACGCCUCUCAAACAUGUCCGCCGGAAAGCCCACCUACGUGCGCCUUGAUGCGAUCGACUUAUCCGCGAUCGUCACCUUCUCGGACAAGGAGAAGGACGAACUUGCGGGAGUGCUUGAGACGCAGAUUGCGACUCGCUUCGAUACAGAUGCUCCUCUCCCGCUCUGGCGUCUGGCGGUCCUGAAAGACGGGACCGUAGUAUUUGCGUGGCAUCACGCUAUCGGAGACGGUCAAAGCGGACUGGCAUUCCACACUGCACUCCUAUCUGCCCUAAAUGAAAACAGCGAACGGUCCUUCGACUUUGAAACGCAGAUGUCAAUUCAAGUUCCAAAAGAUACCAUGAUUGUCACACCAGUCGAGUCUCUAGUAGACUUAUCAGUCUCCAUGAUGACAGUACUUCGGGAACUGUACAACCUUCUCGCCCCCGUGUCGUGGACUCCUUCAUCUACUGCUUGGACAGGGCGUACCGUGCCUUCGACCGAUUCAUUUGCCGCUCCAAUCCGGAUUCUUCAGUAUUCUGCGCGAGAUGUGGAAGGAAUCCUCAAGCUUUGUAGGGCACAUCAGUCGACGUUGACGGCAUUUCUGCACACGUUGUCAGUCCUGAUUAUCUCGGAACUCCUCGCCGCAGAUCCCGCCUCCGCGCCUGUAUAUGAGUUCAAGUGCCUUUCCACAUGUAUUCCUGUGUCUCUGCGCCCACUCACGAAAACGCCUGCCAAUGCGAUGUGUGACGAAGUUUCCGCGUAUCAUUCUUAUCCUCCCCUGAUAACGCUUGCCCAGGGCCACAUUUCCUGGCUCGGAGGAUUUCCAUGGGGCACCGCGGCUGCUCUCACGAACGAGAUGCGAACUAAACAACUAGAAACUAAAGAGCAGAUUGGUAUGCUCAAGUUCCUCUUCGGCAACUACGAUGGCUAUUUAAAGGGAAUGCUGGGGAAGAAACGCCAGAUGACCCUUGAGUUGUCCAACCUGGGCCGGUUCUCUCUGGCUCCUGAUGGGCAUACCGGCAGCGGGGGAAAGCCGAGCUGGAGCAUCCGUGAUGCGAUUUUCACUCAGAGCCAUCCUGCGUCUGGAGCUGCUCUUGCAGUGAAUGUAACUGGCACGCCUCCUGGAGGUAUCGGACUAGCGGUGUCUUGGAGCAGAGAGGCCGUUGAUGACUUAUUCGGAGAGGCGUUUUUCAGCAAGCUGAAGGAAGCCAUGGACGAGAUGGCGUCAGUUUCGACGUCGUAG